GCAUGCAGCAGGCCGCGCAGGCGCCGCCGCCGCUGCCCGAGGCGCAGCUGGCGCAGCUGCCCGUGCACGUGCACCGCACCCCCACCAAGAAGUCGCGCAAGCAGCGCAGCACGCCCUUCGACCUCACCCCCAGGGCCGGGGCAGGCGAGGGGGCGGAGCCGGCCACGCCGGCCAGCUGCGGAGGCAAGCGGCGGCCCGCGGCGGCGGCGCAGCAGGCCUCGUGGAUCCUGAGCCUGCCCUGCCGGCACCAGUACCACGAGGGGUGCGUGAAGACGUGGCUGCGGUACAAGGGCCUGGACGCCACUUGCCCCAACUGCGUCGCCAAAGUCUUCUCGCGCUCGCACGCUGGCCCCCCGCGGCAGGCGGCGCCCGCACCCUCCGCCACCUGA